AGAACCUUAUUGAUCAGAGAGAAAGAAAAAGGUUUUUCCGAACUCUUCCAAGUCCAAGCUUUACAGAAACUAGACUUGGCAAAUUCAGAAUUAGUCUAAUUGUGAGGUUGCACCGAUUUCUCUAGGCAGAUUUCUCUAGGCAGCAGUUGAUCGGAGAAAAGAUGCAACUUUGGGGGCAAAUCAUCUGCUAAUUCUGAUAUUAUGAGGACGUCUGUCAGAUAAUAUAUAUAUAUAUAUAUAUAUUUUUUUUUUUAAAAGGAAAAGAAAAAGAAAGGAGAGAAGAAGAAGACAAGAAAACAAAUAGCUCUACUUAUUUAGUCAUGGAGCCUUUAUGGAAACUUUUGUAUUUGCUGGAGCCUGCUCCUAUUUCACUAAUUGUGACUGCAGUAGCUGUGACUUUCGGAUCUGCAUUUCGUGCUCUCAAUUAUGGAAAAGAAAUGGAGCACAAUCGUGACUUAUCAGAAGCAUCAAUUACAUUAGAUCGGUCCCAAGCGCUCAUGAUUCCAGUAAUGAGCUCUUUUAGUUUGCUUAUGAUGUUUUAUCUGUUCUCUUCAGUCUCACAACUCCUCACUGCAUUCACAGCUAUAGCUUCUGCUUCAUCCCUUUUUUUCUGCCUAUCUCCAUAUGUAGCCUAUUUAAAGUCUCAGCUUGGUUUGGCUGACCCAUAUGUGUCGCGGUGCUGUUCAAAGUCAUUUACUCGCAUCCAAGGGCUUUUACUCUUUUUCUGUGUUGGUAUAGUUGCCUCUUGGCUUGUUUCUGGGCAUUGGAUAUUAAACAAUUUGUUGGGCAUCUCUAUAUGCAUUGCCUUUGUUAGCCACGUGCGUCUACCAAACAUCAAAAUCUGUGCAAUACUCCUUAUUUGUUUGUUCGUAUAUGACAUAUUCUGGGUAUUCUUCUCCGAGAGGUUUUUCGGGGCGAAUGUCAUGGUUUCAGUUGCAACACAACAAGCAUCGAAUCCUGUUCACACUGUUGCUAAUAGUCUGAGUCUUCCUGGGUUGCAAAUGAUAACAAAGAAGCUGGAGUUGCCUGUGAAGAUUGUCUUUCCCAGGAACUUGUUUGGUGGAGUGAUUCCCGGAAGAAAUGCCUCAGACUUCAUGAUGCUUGGUCUUGGUGACAUGGCGAUUCCUGCCAUGCUUCUGGCAUUGGUCCUCUGGUUUGAUCAUCGAAGGACCAGAGAUACAGUCACUCUCUUGGAGCUGCAUUCUUCAAAGGGGCACAAGUACAUUUGGUAUGCCCUUCCUGGUUAUGCCAUCGGACUGGUUACGGCUUUGGCGGCUGGUGUUUUGACUCAUUCCCCUCAACCUGCUCUACUUUAUUUGGUGCCUUCUACACUGGGACCAGUUAUUGUCAUCUCUUGGAUAAGGAAGGAGUUAGCAGAGUUAUGGGAUGGACCCAUGCCCAACCUCUCCGACAAAGCUCAUCAGAUAGAAGUUUGAACCGUUUAUCCUUUGUUUACUAGGAGCGCAUACUGCUCUGCCAGCCAAUUGAAUAUUGUAAAUUCUCUUGGAAAACCUAAAAGGAAAUUGGCAAUCAAUGGUUAUUCUAUUGUAUCCCAUUUUCGGCUUUACAUUUUGCCUUUCAAAUGCCCAGAUUACUAAUGAAAGAAGUAGAGGUAUCAGUGAAUCA